AUGGCGAAGACCCAGAACCACAAGAAGACAAAGCGCCAGGCUACCCUUUAUGACGCUGUAGCUGGUCGCGUAUCUUCAACCGGCUUCAUUCCUCCAACCCCACGUGUCUCCGCAUAUCGCGACACCCCGUCCUCCAGCACCGUCGCCGUCCCACCAGAAGAAGUGCUCUUUCGCCGCAAAGGAGCUCCUAUACGAUACGAGGAAGAUGACGUCUACUGGGCUGAUAGACAUUUGUCCGACAAACAAAAAUUACCGGAGUCGGACUUGCUGAAGGCUAUACACGCAUACGCAGCUGAUUUCUACGGGCGGGCGGUGAAAGGGAGGGGUAUGGUUGACUUUGAGAGUUUGGAUGAGACGGCGCUUUUGGCGGUGGGCGUGUUAUUGGAGGAGAAGGCAGGCGAGGCUUUGGGGGAGACGGGAGAUUUGGCUUUUGUCGAGGGGGAAGAUGAUGAGGCCCAGUGGGCUGAGGAAGGGGCCCUUCCAGAGGAGGUCACGUCCAGUGGAGAGGAUCAUCGAGAGUCUACAGCUGCAGCGUCGGAGGUCACAUCAGAGGCAGCGACAUCGGACAAGGGGAACAACGAUAAAGAUAAGAGAAGGCACAAACGGAGAAAGACGAGGCAUGACCAUGACAGAAAUGGGUAA